AUGGAAUCUAAUGGCAUAGAUGUUAUCCUCAAAAUGGAAUGGUUAUCCAAUAUUGAUGGAGUAAUUGAGUGGGCCAGAAGAGCAGUCCACCUGACCAGUGGAGAUGGAACUAAAGUUGAAUUCGUAGCUACUACCCCAGCAGCGGAGGAUUGUUCUCUCAAUUUACUUGAAGAAAAUUCCAUUGAUCAGAUAAGAGUGGUUCGUGCAUUUCCUGAUGUUUUCUCUGAUGAAUUGCCAGAUGUAGAAGCAACUACCAUGGAAGUUGAUUGCACAUUAGAGAAAGAUAUUCAUAAAGGUCAACUUGAAGAUGAAAUGAUCAAGGAAAUAAGACAGCUUAUUAAGGAUGAUAAAGCACCAGGCUUCACAAAAGACAAUCAAGGUAUUGCGUGGUUCAGAAAGAGAAUCUGUGUACCUAAUCAGAAGGCCGUUAAAGAGUUAAUUUCAAGGGAAGCCCAUGAUCCAGCAAAUUCCAUUCACCCUGAAAGCACGCAGAUGUAUCAAGAUCUCAAGGAUUGUUAUUGGAAGUAUGGAAUCAAAAGAGAUGUUGCAGAAUACAUAGCCCUAUGUGUUACUUGCCAAAAGGUCAAAGCAGAACAUUAG